AUGCCUCGGAUCAGGCCCAGCGGCUUCCCAGUCGACAACUACCUCGCAUUUCUCUACCGGCUAGCGGUGCUUCCGGACCUUGUCGCCGACUCGGUGUCUCGCAGUGGUCUCUUUUACCUGCGCCACUACGACGACAAGGGUGACUACAUCCUGGUGGACGACGAACACAACAUCACAGGCAUCAUCGACUGGGAGUUUGCCUCCGCCGAGGCUAAAGAGCUUGCAUUCAGCGCGCCCGUUUUUCAACGACGCGGGCGCGAGGGCCUGGCCAAGAUUGUGCGAGACGGUCGUCGCUGGCAGCGCUAUCUCUUUUUCCUGGGCGGCGGGAUGCCAAGGACCAAGGCGCAGUUUCGGCCGCUGUUCAAGGGUCUGAGGAAGAGCUUCAAGUGGGACGAAAAGGCAGCGCCGUUGUCGUCUUAUGAUGAAUGGAAAGAGAGUGCAUUGCGUGGAUUGGCAAAGGGCGAUGCUCAGGUCGACGCGCUGAUGCAGGCAGAAGAAAAUGCGGCCGCGGGGUGGUAA